ACUUUUAUUUUUUUAAAUUAUGCCCUGAACGGAAACACAGGGCCGUUCGUCCUGUGGUCCCAUCAUUACGGAUGUUUAAGACGUCGUCGCAAAAUGCGGCGGCCUGUCUUCGAUGCCAAUUUGGCCCUCCGCGUUCUCCAAAGGCCCUGACGACUAUCCUCCUAUCCCAAGCAUUUGGCCUCCGUCAAAACCGAUAUAAUAGCACAACACUCCCAAACCAACCUGGCGAAACAGACCCUAAACUAUACCCGGUAUUGGGCGUCAAGAAAUCGCGCUACCAAAGACAUGUUGCCCGUUUGGAUGUGAAGACGCUGGGAGAGGUCGGUGAGGUUGUGAUACUCAAGGAGAGAGCCAGUCGACCAAAGCAGAUGACCGUUCGCAAGUUUUCAAGGAUACUAGAAAAGGAAACUGAUGGUGAUGCUCCUUGGGAUAAUCCGUCUGAGCUCCUGAAAGAGGUCGAUAAAACAAGACUGCAAUUAGGAGGCGCCAAAGAGGUGAUUGAAAAUAUUGAGCAAAUCCGGGGGAACCGCAAACCUGGAGACAAGCUAGACCGAAACGAAUGGCGCAAGCUACGGAAAAUAUUAGAAGAUGGGUUUACAGCUAAUCAGCUAACUGAUUAUCGCAAACAAUUCGAACCACCUGCGAGUAUCUCUGACCAAAAGGACAUCUCGGCCACACCGCAUUCCGGAUGGAGGCCUGGGACAUCACUUUUUCUGGAAAUGGACCCCGAAGCCCAGAAGCAGACAGCAUCCAGGAUCGGGAGUCUCGGACAUAUGGCUGGAAAAAUUGCUUUAGCGGAGAUGGUAUUACGAGACUGCUGGCAGCUAUCCGUUUUGGGUGAGAUCGGUCAAUUGGACAUCCAUCUGGCGCCCCAAGAAAUUUUCAUGCUCCUAUUGCCUGAUAUUAGCCCUCUCAAAGAUCUUGCAAUCACAUAUGGCGCCAAGAUAGAUGUUUCGCGAUCUUUAAACCUUGUGAGAAUUACCGCAAACGAAAGUGCCUGUGAGCUUGUUCGACAGGGUGUCAUGGAGUUUUUCCCUAGGAUAAUCUCCAAAACUGUGGACCUACCCAGCAGAGGCUUUGUAUUCCAUGGAAAGAACAGAAGAUUCGAGGAGCGAUUUUUCCGUUCCAUGCAAAAGUCUCUCAAUGUAUUUUGCUGUAAAGAGCAAGGGACAAACCAAAUAAAUAUCUAUUUCGUUCAGGAGAUGGAGAAAGACGCAGAGGAGGCAUACAGGAAUAUCGAAACCGCAGUAUCAAUGACGGAAGAAGACCAAACCCGGUUCUGCACAUAUUUGUCGGACACUGAGCCGGCAGUUAUGUACUCCGUUUCCUACCAGGAAUUCCUACCUUGGGCUGAUCGCCAGAGACGAUGGCUAAGAUGGAUGAAACCGCUUUCUGGGACAAAAACUCCAAGUGGUACUCAAUCAGAACCACCCCCAGCUCUCGUCCAGAAAGGUCGUGGAUCAGUUUGCGAGAAAGUGUGCAAUGAGUUGUUUACUCCACCAGCUUCAUCCAGCUGGCGCAGCCCUGGCCAGCCUCACAUUCGCGAGGUCGUUGUCGCUUCCCUCGGAAAAUCGCUGUUUGCGCACCAACAAUCAAUGAAACCCGGAAAGAUGAAAUUUAAAUCUUUCAGUCCUACGGUCCCUCGAGCUUUUGCUGCCAACAUCUCCAAUCCCAUAUCGUUCCUCCAACGUCUCUCUCCGUUACCGAACGUGGGAAAUGGUACCUUUCACCGAAUUCGACUCAAACCAUCAGCUAAAAACAAGACGCGCCUCCCGCCUAUUGAAUUAGAACUCGACGUCGUACUCCGAUAUGCUGGUAAACGUCAAUUCCUGGUACCAAUUCUACGAAAAGCCACUGCCAUCGUCCAUAGAGCGGACAUAGACGUGUUACUGCCGGAAACGUCGCUAGACCUCCGCUUUAAUAAAUUCACACACUAUGACCUUCUGGAAGGCCGGAAAGCAUCCGCUUUGUCACAAGCCGAGAAGCAGAGGGCUGAUAUCUCCAGCAUUUCAGAAGUUAUCCAAAAUAUGGUCUCGGAAGAUGUUUACAUGCAGCCGCGUAUGCCCAUGUCCUGCGAGCUGACGAUCCCACGCAAACUGAUCGCUAAACGAGCAUCCGUCGCGGCGACAGCAGGUUCGCAUGGCAGCGGGAAAGGAGAGGCAGAUUUCGUUACAGGGACAUAUAUGCUUCCUCCCAUACGCUACCUCAGAUCAGCUCGAAUUUCGCGCUUCAACUACAAGGAUCUCGAGCUCAGUUACUCACACGUGAACAUGGGUCCUGCCUUACCUGAACAUGUGAUCGAUAUGUCCAUUUCUCUGGGUCGUGAUGACAAUGAACUACGGCCGGAGCUUUGCCAACCAAAUACCCAUCUCUCCUCCGCUGUCGCGAAGGGUCAAUCUGAGGGAUCGCUUCAGGCCGCGUUCGAACAAUUCUAUGCCCAAGCUUGCGAGAUGGCUUUUGAACAGAGCGCUGCUGCGGCGAAUUAUAAGGGAAAGGUAGAAGUCGGGGACGAAGACGGCUUGGCAGACGUCACAACUGUCAUUGAAGAGGAUUAUAAGCCAGACUUCAAUCUUGACCCUGAGGACAUGUUUCGUCAGUGGGUGGAACAAGGCUCACAAGGGGAGUCUGAGCGUAGAUUUAAUAGCAAGGUCCGGAACGGCUUGGAAUAAAGUGAUGUAUACUUUGGCGCUUUCGAUUUCUUAAUCCCCCUGUACAUUUAGUGUUUUUCACUUCGUUAUAGAUCAUAUUGUAUUCCUUUUUGUGUAGGUUGCAUUGUCUUCUGUGAUCUUGGUGUUUAGGGUGGGUUGGUUGCUAGUGAUGUUUACCUAUCUAUCUAUCUAUGCUGGGCGAAAUGUAUACAUGCAAAGUAGAAAUGGGCCCAUUGAUUGGAAAGGCAACUGGAUUCAAAUACUUUGAACAUAUACUGUUAAAUAAAGUUCAGGGUUGAUUAGAUUAAAACCUCUUGUUCCUUUCAAACCCCAGCUAACUGUAUAGUAUAACUACAUUUGCUGCAGCAAACUGGUGAAGAAAACUAAUUUCACCAAUACCAUCGCAUGGAGAGCGGCCAUCCUCCCAAAUUCUUUAGGC